CUCUCAAAUAAAUAAACAAAGUCACGUUUCUUUCACGUUUUCUGCAUACAAGGACAUAACUAUUCAGAUGCAGGGAUGCAGGACAGUGUAAAUUCCUAGCUGUUUCACCUUAUCCUAAAGAAGCUUUACCAAGGAGGAAUACAGGGCCAGGUUGUACUUGACCAGUAGGCUAUGAUAUCAGACAUCACCAGAGGAGUGUUCAACAGUACUAACUUCUACAAAGUGUUCGUGAAGGUGAACCUCUGGUUCUGUACAAUUAAUCAUGAUCCAAGUCGACAAGUGGACGGCAGUCAACACACCAACAAUACAUCAUUAUGGGAUGUCGGAAACGAAUUUCUAUCGGAAGCCAUACAAUAUAUGUUUUCCGCCAACAAGGCGGUGUCUGUGGACAGGCCACGCCCUAGUGACGACGGCACAUACUGCGAGAAGAAGUUCGACUCUAUAAAUGAACAUCGAGUACCUGUUGCUCUACUACUAGCCGUUCUCAUAGCAACUGUAUGCGUCGUGUUUACUUCAUUGUUUAUUUUCAUAUGUUGGCGAGUGAGAAGGAAUCGGUUUAGAAGUAACAAGGUUGUAACUAUUGUUGACUUUAAACCGACCGACGAGGACCAGCAAAGUACCACAGUUUUGACUGACGACUCGCACAAUGAAAAUGACCGAUAUCAGACCAAAUGUGAAUUAUAUGACGAGUAUCGAACUGGAAAAUUCAAAGGAAUUCUUUUAGUAUUUCCAACGUACAUCCAGCCACGGAAAAAUGGUGGGAAUUUGCAUUCUUCAGAAUCUGAGAUUAGUUGGUUUCUAAAAAACAGUGUAGACUAUGUGUUUUCUGAGUUGGACAAAUACUUACUCGACAGAGCUUCUCUAAACUCCCCUACUUCUAAUGGACCAAGUACGUCACUGGCUGACCACAUGACGUCACCACGGUUGACCACGCGCAGAGUUGUGCCUCGUUCGCGCCAGGGUAGGGGGAGUUCACCACAGUUAACCCAGCAUGAUCGCGUUGACGAGCCGAGUGAACGAAGAGCAUGGCAAGAAUUCCAACAGAAGGUCAUUCCACUUGGGAAGUUUCCUUACCACAACGACGCUUACCGGAACACGGAUAAGAUCGCAGACACCAAAGUCCGAAAUCUGAUCCAGUUCUACAAUGCACAGUGUGUCGUGCGUUUUGAACAAUGGAAUGGGGCAUGUCUGAUAGCAAACUACACGUUGAUUCUUCUGGAAAAGGCGAUGAAAACGUUAAACAUUGACGCAAGCGGGAUGAGUUUCAACAGACUCGAGAUGACAGGAAGCAUCAUGAAAGGCUUGAAGUCCUCCACUGCUGGCCAAUUUGACGUAUUGAUGAUCUUUCAAGGUUGUGGAUUUAAAGUAGCUCAAGCUCUCGAUCAAAUAAGUAGCACCAACAUACCACCUGGUAAAUUAGUUCUAACGGCUGAACAAACACGCGAUCAACCAAACGAAUGUCUGAAAAACUGCAAUCUGGACAAUGACAAUUUUCUCUGUGUGUCUUCAGAAGAACUUGUGAGUGUUACAGAAAGUAUGUUAGACAAGGGAAUACAGAAAAUAUACACCGAGACACGUUCCCUCAUUGACAGACUUCCGUUCCGAAUACAGAGAUCUGCUACAGCUUCCUUAACACUGUCGCUAGAUACCAGGAAUGUAGUCGGCCUGAACCUUCCAGAAAUCAAGCUCCAGAUAAUUCCAGCCAUCCCUCUUCACGCCGGAGGCUGGUACCAGCUUUCGACAGUCUACGCCGUUCCGCCAUGGCACGUUCAGGAUGUAAAGAGAAAGGCGCUAUCUAGGGGCGGAGGAGCCAAUCAAGCGUGUUCACAUGAUCUAUUGUGGAGUCUCUCUCUGGGUGAACUUGAAAAAGCUUUCUUCGGUGGCUUUGAUAAGAAGAUGGAAACAGCCGGAGUGACGAGCUGCCAUAUCAUCUGUUUGACGAUCUUGAAGACACUGUUCACAAGUGUGACGCGACGAUCUCUACUGGAUCGAGGAGAAAUCAACUCAUACAUACUAGAAACUGUUAUAUCAUUUCUUCUACUAGAAAGUUUACCGAGUGACUGGACUCUAGACAAGUUGGCUGAUCGGUUCUCAGACUCAAUCCACUUUUUACGAUCUGCUAUGGAACACGGGAGGUUGCCAAACUUUUUCCUUCAUAACCCACACCUGUUAAAACAGAUGCCGGCUUUAAAGACAUACCCCUUCCUCACAAAAGGACGCCAAGAGAAUCUCUUAGCCGACAGCAGACAGGAUACCACAGAGAAAACAUUCAAGUUUAUGAAUCAUAGACUAAAAGAAAUGAAGAUGGAGGAUUGUGUCAAGGGAGACUACUCCGAGGAACUGUGGGAAUACGAAUUCUUUGUGUUCAACUAAACACCUGUCCUUUUAAAUAACCGUCAAUGUUAUUUUAUAACACAAGCAUUCGAGGAUACAGUGACAUGUGUAUUAUCCGACAACUUGUGGUUCAAUACAUUGGUGCAGGCCUUAUUUGGUAGUUUUUAUAAAAAUCUAUUAUAGCAUUAAGUUGAGCAAGACAGUAUAUCGGAAUAUUCGGGGCUCAGAUUAAACAAAUGUUGCGAUUUUACUUUAAUAUACUAAUUCUUUGAUAGAAAUAUUUACUGCUAUGAUUGAACUUGAGUCGAUGUAUGCUGUUUAUCCGUUGGAACCACGAAGUUCACCAUAAGCAAAUACAAAACGUACGAUAUAUCGCACUGUAGUAGUCGCUGAACCGUAAAAGUAUACCAAUAGACCGUGACAGCAAUAUAAAUGUACCUUUUACCAGAUAACUCUGCGUCUAAGUUGUAUAACCGUGUCAUACAAGGGUCUUCUACACAGAGUAGAGAUUUUACUUUUAAAUUGAAAGACUACUUAUAAGUAAUGUCGCAAUUUGUAACUGAAAAACACGAUCAAGUUCCAAUGAUCAGUGUACUAUAGGAACGCAGUUCAAACACAGGUAAAACUGGUCAUUAUAAAUGUAGACGAAAAAGAUAAAUAUUCAAUUUAUUUAGAAAUGUUUAAACUUUAAAAAAGGAACACGAGAAAAAAAUUUCCAUAGGGUUUUGGCAUCAACUUGAUACGCUAUUUGUUUAUUUGUUUUUCAAAAUGUUGCUUUCUUUUCAGAAUUUGUUGUAUUGUAGACAAACAAAUAAUACACA